AUGGCGGAGUUCCAAGAGUGUUUGACUGAAAGCAAUCUUUCGGAUCUAGAUAUAAGAGGGACCUUCUUCUCUUGGAGUAAUAAUCGAGUUGAGGAUCCAAUUUUGAGGAAGCUUGAUAGGGUUUUAUGCAACGAGAAGUGGAGAGAAGUUUUCCCAGAUGCAAUCAGCAUAUUCGAGGCGCCUGGUGAUUCUGAUCAUUCUCCAGCUGUUGUCCGUUUUACUCAUGUUCCAGAAAUCAGAAAGUGCAGCUUUAAGUAUUUUUCCUUCAUCUCAACUCAUCCAAAGUUCCUAGAAGAGUUGAUGAAGUCGUGGGAAGAGUCUAUUCCAGUAGGUUCAAAACUGUUCACCUUGGGACAGAGACUGAAGAGAGCUAAGGCCACUUGCAGAAGGCUGAACAAAGAAGGUUUUGGGAACAUUCAGCAGAAGGCAGGUGAUGCGCUAAGAAACCUAAAGGAAAUUCAGGAACAGUUGUUAUCAGAGCCGUCAGAUUCUCUGUUCAGACAGGAGUUUGUUGCUAGAAGGAAGUGGCAGUUUUUUGAAACAGCGCAAGAGAUUUUUUUCAAUCGAAAAGCGAGGAUCAGGUGGCUAGCUUGUGGUGAUGCCAAUACGAAAUUCUUCUAUAAGGCAGUGAUGGCGCAUCAUAUUCGAAACUGCAUCAGUUAUCUGGUUGAUGGCUGGGGAAACAGAGUGUUCAAUCAGGCGCAGAUCAAAGACAUGGUGGUUGCGUACUUCCAGAAUCUUUUAGGAUCGGCAGAUACAUUGCUUAUUGAUAUUUCUUUGGAGGACUUACAUGGCAGCUUUCUUAUAGAUGUCCUCAGUCGAUUGCAGAUCAACUUUUGCUGA